AUCACCUCAACUUGUCACGCCGUGGCUGAUGUGUGAUGUCGGCGUUGCACCCUGAGUUGCGUGCCAGGCUCCAAAAGUUGGGCGAUGGCGAGGAAGAUCUCCCGAAUGAGUCGAGGCAGCCCAUGGUGGACAAGGGCGGUUUGGACACGGAAGUGGACCGGCUUCUGCAGCAGCUGGAGGACUUGGACAGUCGGAGUCUUGCGCUCCAGCAGAUGGAUCGCAAGGAUCAUUCCAGGUGGCGCAAGGAUGAUGAAGUUCGAGCGCAGAGUUUCCCGGGAAAUCGCCCGGGGCAGGAUAGUCUCCAGCAUCCUUUGGACGCAGGCCUCGAUCGCAGCUCGCUGCGCCGGAAGACGCCGCACUUGGCCAAGCUGCAACGGACCCCCAGCAGCGCUGGAAAUGGCCGCAGCGCAGCGGUGGCCGCGCUGCCUCCGUUGCUGAAGGCCUCUGCGUCGGCACCAUGCUUGACACGGCCGCGAGGCAAUUCCUUCAGACUGGCUCCGGAGCAUUGAGCUGUCAGAAUCUCCGUGAACAUCUUGGAUCACACAUAGGGAGCUGUGCAGGAACACCACAGGAAUUCUGACAGAAAUGGGAAUCCAAACAUAUUCCCGCUUUAUUCUUUACAAUGUGUCUCACAGAUUGCAUGUUUUGAAGUUUGUCUACAAACACGAGCUGGUGUUGGGUUAUUU